CAGAAUAACAUGCUGGACUUCGUGUUUGCUGUUGAUGACUCUGUGACCUGGCAUAUGAUGAACUUGUUAAAGAACAGGAGUCAUUAUUCCUUCUUAAAACUUUUUGGACCAAAGCAGAUCAGCAGUGUACAGAGCUAUGGAGCAGGGAUCUACUACAAUACUUUGGUGCCGUGUAACGGAAGGGUGAUAAAAUAUGGUGUAAUUAGCACUGAUACCCUGAUCGAUGAUUUACUUCACUGGAAAACCCUCUAUGUCGCUGGACGCCUACAAAAACCGGUGAAAAUACUGACGCAAAACGAUAACAGCAAGCUGCAGGUGGCUCUGGUGAGCAACCUGAAGAGUGCAGUCACAGCCGCCUUCCUCAUGCUACCGGAGAGUUUCUCUGAAGAGGACCUCUACAUGCAGAUCGCUGGGCUCUCCUAUUCUGGUGAUUUCAGAAUGGUGAUAGGAGAAGACAGAUCGAAAGUGCAGAACAUAGUGAAGCCUAACAUUCCCCAUUUUCAGAAGCUGUACAGUAACAUCCUGCAGGACUGCCCUCAAGUGGUCUAUAAGCACCAUCUGGGAAGGCUGGAGAUAGAUAAAAGUCCAGAAGGUCAAUUUGCACAACUAAUGGCUUUGCCAAGGACUCUGCAGCAAAAGAUAACUUCUCUGGUAGACCCUCCUGGGAAAAACAGAGAUGUGGAAGAAAUUUUGCUGCAAGUUGCGCAUGACCCUGACUGUGGAUUUGUGGUGCAUCAAG